AUUGUGACUCUGACGUGCUAAAACCUAAAAUAUAAUAAAUUAGCACAUUAAAACAAAAACGCAUAAUGGAUAUCUCUAGGCAAGCAUUUAGUGAAGCGAAUACUACCGGAGUGUCCAUGUAUUUGUCGUUUGAUUCAAGCAUUUCUAGUGCAGCAUAUAAAACAUUGGAAGCUACUACAUGUGAUCUUUCAAUGUUGUCAAACAUGGACCAUGAGGAGGCAACUGUUGAAAAUUCUCAGGAAAUUCAUCAAAAUAGCACGCUGGAGGCGUUAGAUUCGCAUUUGAACUACCUAGAAUCAGUUAAGCAUAUGGACGCGUGUUCAAAGCUCACUGCUUUACCAAAGCGUAUUUUGCAAGAUUAUAAUGUUGUCAGCUCGACACCCACCAAGGAACAGUUAUUGCGUAGUGUUGAAGUUGUUCGCGGCUCCGGCGCUGAAAGAUGUGUGGAUCUAAAGUUUGCUUUUAUGGACAUGGAUGACAAAAAAGUUAAUAACCCCACAGAUAAGGAAAAUGCUUUACCUCCUAAACAGGUAACAGCAAUAUCAAAUAAAAACGACGAAACCUCACUACGGACAAUAAUAGAAGAAACAUCAGUUAUUGACGAAAUAAAUACUAGUAAACUUAAGGAAGAGCCAAACAUUCAAGAAACAACACCAAAGGCCACCAACAGUAAGAUAUCAAUAACCGACGAACUACCACGGGAUCCAGAAAAAUCAGAAAAUAAAGUUUCAGAUAUAAACAAAAGAAAAUCACUGAUUAAGAAGCCAUUAUGCGAACCUGAUCUCAAAGCUAAUCGUCCAUCAAGAAUUUCUAUGAAUCCAAAUAAUCGUUAUACACUAAACAAUAUUGGUACAAAAUCAAAUAUUGACAAAGAGAUUAAGGAAAUUCCAAAAUUAAUGAACAAGGUGUUGAAAUUCGCUGAAGCUACAAUCACAGAGAACGAUAAAUCCAAAACAACAUCUCUCUCGGAUACGCGUAAGUCUAUUUCAUAUAAUCCAAAAGGACGCUCAUCAAUGCUACCAUCUAGUGUAGCAUCACAAGGUGAAAAACGUCCUUUUGCAUUUACACAACGUAUGUCGGUAUUGGUAAAGACCACAUUAAACAGUCCCGCACGUAAAAUAGCUCGACGAUCUGUUCUACCCAACACGCAUCAAAACAGAAAAAGUACCAUACCCACAGGGCUAUCGCACAACAAUCGCAAAAGUAUGUUGCCAAUAGGUAGAACGGUACAAACUGAGGUCAAUACAAAAUGUACACAAAAGCCACACACUGAAUCUACUAAGCAAGGACCAACCAAUCGAAAGUCCUUGUACUCCGUAGUGUCGGCUAAAGCUGCUAACGUUCCACCAUUAACUGCACCGAAUACGAAAACUCGGCCAAUUGUAACCGCGAAACCCGACAGCAUUUUCGUUUGCAAAGUUUGUGGUUGUAAAUUUAGCCUUAAGUCACUCUUAGAUGCACAUAAGCGUUCUCAUGAAGGUGAUGGUGUACCAGCAUUUGUUAAGAAAACUGCCACAAGCGCUGCGAGUACAGCUUCAUCAAUUACACAUUCAAAUAAUGGAAAUAAAUGUAGAUAUUGCGAUAAAAAGUUUGCACUACUUCGUGCUUUACACAUACACCUGCUGCAAAAUUGUCCAAAAAUACCACCAAAUGAUAAGCGCAAGUUAAAAUUCCAUGAAAUGGAUCAUGUUGAAAAAGCUCAAUUGCCUUCGGUCUUCCAUGUAAGCACUUCUGGUGCUAAAAUAAACUCACAAAUACAAAAUACAUUGACGAAUGUACCGCCACAGCGUUCUCACUCAGAUUUGAGUAGCAUUUCUGUAAGUUCUACAGAUUCCACAAAUGAUAAAAAAGCGCUUGCUGAAAUUACCAUAAUAGCGAACAGCGCGGCUGCAGCAGUUGACGGUUUAUUGCCGGAGAUGGCGCCACCCGCAGCAAGAAUGGUAAAGAAAACAACAGCUCAUGCUGGUAUACAUCGUACACCGAAUAAAGCCAUUAUAUGUCACAUCUGUAAGAUAUCAUUUAAAUGUAUAAUGGAUCAUAUUCAGCAUAAUAUGACGGUGCAUUUCAAAAAUACUGAAACUCCAAACGACGAAAUCGAUGCCCGGAAGAUUACCACUAAUGCGAAUGCAUCGGCUACAAAACUAAUGCAGUAAUACGAUUUUUCUUUUAUUAGACACGCAUUUCGCAAUUUUUAUAUAUUUAUUUUUUAUGUUAAUUUUUCUGUAGUUAAUUUCCGUUCUUUUUUUAUUUACAAACAAUUGCUAUGUGUUUGACGCCACGGCCACGAAGUUUUUCUGUC